AUAUAUAUAUAACAUUUGCAAGAGAGUGAUAGGAAACUUUCAAUUUUGAAGAUUUUCAAUCAUUUAUAUAUUGACUAGACUAGCUUUCAUGAACAUGGAUGCCUUAUGCAGCCAUGGAGGAAAUGUUGUGACAGCCUUGAAUGCUAAUGUUUAUGGAAAUGGCACCCGAACUGUAGUUCUAGCACAUGGUUUUGGUGCAGACCAGACAGUUUGGCACUACCUCAUUCCUUACUUAGUAUGUUAUUUCAAAGUUGUGGUUUAUGACUUGGUUUUCUCACCCAAUGUAAAUCAUAAGCUUUACAACCAAACAAAGUACUCGAAUUUCAACGGCUAUGCUGAUGACCUGCUCUGCCUUCUUGAUGAACUCAAUGUCAAGAACACUUUAUAUGUAGGUCACUCUAUGUCAGCCAUGAUUGGUUGUGUAGCUUCUAUAAGAAGACCAGAACUCUUCCAACAACUUGUCUUAAUAGGUGGCUCACCAAGAUAUCUUAAUGGGAAAGAUUAUAAUGGUGGUUUUGAGAGGCUGCAACUCAGCAGAGUCUUCAAAGAUAUGAAAACCGAUUUCCCAAACUGGGUUAAAAGGUUUGCUCCAAUAGCUGUAGGUCUAAACAGAAGUGCUGCCAUUGCUCAGUUUGAACAUAGUUUGGGGAGAAUGAAACCAAAGAUUGCACUGAGUGUAGCCAAGACUGUUUUUCUAAGUGACCUAAGGCAGAUUCUACCUCAAGUUUCUGUGCCCACUUUCAUAAUCCAAUCCGAAAAGGAUUUUGUCGUUCCAAAAUCAGUUGCAUUCUUCAUGAAUAGAAAGCUAGGCACCCCUGCUGGAGUUAAGAUACUUAAAACAGAAGGUCAUUUUCCUCAGCUGACUGCUUACCAUAUGGUUUUGAAAGCUUUGAAGACAGUUUUUCAUAUCAAUAGAUAGCAAGUUCAGUAGCUUGAAGAUCCUUUUAUGAGCUAUUCUCGACCGUUUGCCUUAGGAUUAGCUCGUUCUAUUUCUCAUGGUGAACAAGGGAAGGGAUAUAGCUCAGUGAUAGAGUGUUGUCCUAACGUGGUCGAAGUAGUAGUGUUUGAAUAGAUGAUUAGUUUUCUUCUAUUUUCUCAUACCACUUUUAUGUAUGACCAAAAAAAGAGCAUAAUUUGUCUGAGUACUUCGAAGUUUCAAGGUUUUUAGUGUACCUCUCCAUCUCCACUUAGACCAUCUUGUUUGUUAGAUUUAGUCUUUAUCAUAAUUGAAUGUGAGUAGCAUUACCUUGUACUUUGUUUAUCAAUGUAUUCAAUGUUGCCACGACCGUUGUGGCCUUUAAUUUA